AUGGGAUCACAACUACUCUCCACUUCACUAUCUUCUCUCCGCUGCCCUUCAUCAAAAACCCUUUUCUCUAACAAAACCACACAUAGAAACCCAAGCUUUAUUUCUUACACACCCAAAAGAAAAUCUGCAAUCCAGGCUAAAGUCAUGGAGAAAGAGAACAAGCUGUGGGGAGGCAGAUUCGAACAGACCGUGACUGAUAAAGUAGAGAAAUUCACUGAGUCGAUCUCAUUUGACAAGGAGUUGUACAAGCAUGACAUUAUGGGCAGCAAAGCUCAUGCCUCCAUGCUUGCUAAACAGGGGUUGAUUGGUGAGAGUGAUAGAGACAGUAUUUUAAAAGGGCUUGAUGAGAUACAGAGAAAUAUUGAGGCUGGUGAGUUUGAGUGGAGGGAAGAUAGGGAAGAUGUGCAUAUGAAUAUUGAGGCAGCACUUACUGAGAUGAUUGGUGAGCCUGCCAAGAAACUGCAUACAGCGAGGAGUAGGAAUGAUCAAGUUUUGACUGAUUUUAAACUGUGGUGCCGUGAUGCUAUUGAUAGAAUUGUUGCAUCUAUCAAGAAUUUACAGGUUGCAUUGGUCAAAUUGGCUUUGAAUAAUGAAGGGCUUAUUGUUCCUGGCUACACACAUUUGCAAAGAGCGCAGCCUGUUCUGCUGCCACAUCUGCUCUUAGCUUAUGUUGAGCAGCUUGAACGCGAUGCUGGUCGCUUACUUGAUUGUAAAGUUAGGAUGAAUUUCUGCCCCCUGGGUGCAUGUGCAUUGGCUGGUACUGGUUUACCCAUUGAUAGGUUUAUGACUUCUGACGCUUUAGGAUUCACUGCUCCCAUGAGGAACAGCAUUGAUGCAGUUUCAGACCGAGAUUUUGUCUUGGAGUUUCUUUCUGCUAAUUCCAUCACAGCUAUUCAUCUUUCUCGACUGGGUGAAGAAUGGGUAUUGUGGGCCUCAGAGGAGUUUGGAUUUAUAACACCAAGUGAUUCUGUUUCAACGGGAAGUAGCAUAAUGCCUCAAAAGAAAAACCCAGAUCCCAUGGAACUUGUUCGAGGGAAAUCUGCUAGAGUCAUAGGAGACCUGGUCACUCUUCUCACAUUGUGCAAAGGACUUCCACUUGCUUAUAAUCGUGAUUUGCAGGAAGAUAAGGAACCUGUAUUUGACAGCAUUAAGACAGUUGUAGGGAUGCUUGAAGUGUCAGCAGAAUUCGCACAAAACAUCACCUUUAAUCAGGAGAGAAUUCAAAAGUCUUUGCCAGCUGGCCAUCUUGAUGCCACAACACUUGCUGAUUAUCUUGGACUACCUUUCAGAACAGCCCAUGAAAUAGUUGGAACGUGUGUUCAUUUGUGUGUUUCGAGGAACUUACGGCUUGAAGAUCUAACUCUUGAUGAUCUGAAACGUAUAAGCCCUGCCUUUCAUCAAGAUGUCUACGAGUAUCUUGGAGUAGAAAAUGCAAUUAACAAAUUCCGCUCGUAUGGUUCCACUGGGGCAGCUUGUGUUGCAAAGCAGUUAGAUUAUUGGGUUACUAAAUUCGGGAUUAGCAAAAACUGA